CAGAUGGGUUGGGGUGAUCUGGGAGUUUUUGGAGAGCCUUCUAAGGAAACUCCUAACCUGGAUCAGAUGGCUUCAGAAGGGAUGCUUUUCCUGGAUUUCUAUACUGCCAACCCCCUCUGUUCUCCAUCAAGAGCAGCGUUGUUGACGGGCCGUCUCCCAGUGAGGAAUGGUUUUUACACCACGAAUGCACAUGCCAGAAACGCCUACACGCCACAGGAUAUAGUAGGAGGAAUCCCAGAUUCUGAAUUACUGCUUCCAGAGUUGCUGAAGAAAGCUGGCUACAUCAAUAAGAUCGUUGGCAAAUGGCAUCUGGGUCACAGGCCCCAAUUCCACCCCCUGAAGCAUGGGUUUGAUGAAUGGUUUGGAUCCCCAAACUGCCAUUUUGGACCUUUUGAUAACAGAGCGCUUCCCAAUAUCCCUGUGUAUAGGGACUGGGAAAUGAUUGGCAGAUAUUAUGAAGAUUUCAAAAUUGAUCUGAAGACGGGUGAAGCCAACUUGACUCAGAUCUACCUGCAGGAAGCUCUCGAUUUUAUUAGCAAGCAGCAAGCCAGCCAGCAGCCAUUCUUUUUAUACUGGGCAAUUGAUGCUACCCACGCUCCUGUUUAUGCCUCCAAACAUUUCCUGGGCACUAGUCAGAGAGGACUAUAUGGGGAUGCUGUGCGAGAAAUCGAUGAUAGCAUUGGAAAAAUCCUCCAACAUCUUCAGAAGCUGGGUAUCAGUGAGAACACUUUUGUGUUUUUCACCUCUGACAAUGGAGCUGCUCUCAUUUCUGCUCCUAAACAAGGAGGAAGCAAUGGUCGUUUUCUGUGUGGCAAACAAACCACCUUUGAAGGUGGCAUGAGAGAGCCAGCUAUCGCUUGGUGGCCUGGACAUAUACCUGCAGGAGGG